AUGGGCAUCCUCCCCGUUUUGGAGCGGGCAUCCUGGAAUGCAUCCUUUGGGGGACCGGGCGCUGGGAGCGGGCCCCUCUCCGGCCCCUGGUACAGCACACACAAGACUCAGCUCUUGGGAGUUUUACUUGCUGCAGCUUCAAAUUUUCUGAUUAGCGUCUCUUUGAAUAUACAGAAAUGCACUCAUCUCCGACUGGCUUGCCAAACGGAGCCGAAGCCCUACUACAUGAGCAAGCUAUGGUGGUGUGGGAUUACCCUCCUGGGGCUUGGAGAGGUGGGCAAUUUCACAGCCUACGGAUUUGCCCCCAUUGCCCUUGUUGCUCCACUGGGAUGUGUAUCUGUCAUAGGUAGUGCAUUUAUUUCUGUCUUAUUCCUAAAGAAGACCAUGAGGGCUGCUGAUAUAUUGGGAGGAACACUGACAGUAACAGGGACAUACUUGCUGGUGAUAUUCGCUCCAAAUGUACCCCAAGAGCUCACAGCAAGACAAGUACAAAAUUAUUUAGUGAGCUGGCCAUUUUUGGUAUAUUCGAUCUUAGAAAUAAUAACAUUCUGCAUUCUCCUCUAUUUUUACAAAAGAAAGGCUGUGAAGCACAUCGUGGUUUUGUUAAUGAUGGUAGCACUACUGGCAUCGCUGACUGUCAUUGCUGUAAAGGCUGUGGCCAGCAUGAUAAUACUCUCUGCAAAGGGGAAAAUGCAGCUAACUUAUCCUGUCUUCUAUAUCAUGAUUGUUUUAAUGGCAACUUCUUGUGCUUUCCAAGUCAAGUUCUUGAAUCAAGCAAUGCAUCUGUACGAAACAACAGCAGUUGUGCCCAUUAACUUUGUGUUCUUCACCACCAGUGCCAUCAUUUCAGGGGUCAUAUUUUAUCGGGAAUUCCAAAGCGCAGCUUUGCUGAGCGUGUUCAUGUUUCUGUUCGGGUGUCUCCUAUCUUUCCUUGGUGUAUUUGUAAUUGCAAGAAAUAAAAAAAAGGAGCAUUUACAAAUUCCUUUUAUUGACUGUGGACAUAUUCCUGGACAAAAAUUGACAGGCAAAAUACAACCAGAUUCUCACAGUUCACGCUAUGGCACUUUGAAUAAUGAAGAUGACUCCAUGAAAAGUCAGAGCUGA